GAACCCAGCUGCAAAUUGAAGGCAAAGUUUAAUUUGAAUGGCUACAAGAACACAGAGAAGAAGCAGGUGAUCGUUGGGGGGAUGUUUCCUGUACAUUCUCGCCUGGUCUCAACUGACAGUAACACUUCAUCGGUGCCCACGUCGUCGGGAUGCGAAGGGUUUAAUUUUCGUACAUUUCGGUGGACACAGACAAUGCUGUUUGCAAUUAAUGAAAUAAAUAGUAGAGAUGACCUCCUACCAGACACAGACUUGGGCUACGUCAUCUAUGACUCCUGCUUCACCAUCUCCAAGGCAGUGGAGGGCACAUUGACCUACCUCACAGGGCAGGAUGAGGCCGUGCCCAACUACCGCUGUGGCACAGGGGCACCGCUGGCAGCUCUUGUGGGUGCAGGGGGCUCUGAUCUCUCCAUUGCCACAGCCAGAAUUCUUGGCCUGUACUACUUCCCACAGGUUAGCUACUCGUCCUCAUGCACUGUGCUGGAAAGUAAGUUCCAGUUCCCCACUUUCCUGCGCACUAUUCCUAGCGACGUACACCAGUCACAGGCCAUGGCUCAGCUGGUGCUGCACUUUGGCUGGACCUGGGUGGGCACCAUCGCCGCGGACGACGACUACGGCAAGUAUGGCAUCAAGUCCUUCAGGGAGGAGGUGGAGGAUGCAGGUGUGUGCAUCUCUUUCUCCGAGACUCUGCCCAAGGUCAGCUCUCCUGAGGCCAUCCUGCGCAUCGUCGAGACGGUCAAGCAGUCCACCGCCAACAUCAUCGUGGUGUUCUCCUCUGACGUGGACCUGAGCCCUCUUGUCGAUGAGCUGCUGCGCCACAAUGUCACCAACCGCACCUGGAUCGCUAGCGAGGCCUGGGUCACCUCCGCCCGAAUCGCCCGGCCUGGGAUCCACUCAGUCCUGGGUGGGACACUGGGUUUCGGCAUCCGCAGAGGCGUCAUCCCAGGGCUGCAGGAGUACCUCCUUGACAUUGACCCGUACCAGGAUCCGCUCACAGAGGAGUUCUGGGAGACGGCCUUCAGCUGCACCCUGGAUUACGGACGAGCGAUGCGGAGCGUGACCAUGAGAGAGGCAGCGGCUCUUAACACCUCAAACUCCAGGAGCGCUGCCGUCCCCAACGGACUGUGCACAGGCAAGGAGUUGCUGGCCCUCCUCAACAACACAUACUCAGACGUAUCACAGCUACGUCUAACCUACAGCGUGUACAAGGCGGUCUACACUGUGGCCCAUGCCCUGCACAACCUGGAGUACUGUAAACCAGGGGAGGGGCCCUUUGAAAAGAACAGCUGUGCCAACAUCUCCAACUUCGAACCCUGGCAGUUAAUGUACUACCUGAAGAACCUCAGAUUCAACGUCCCACACACAGGAGAGACCAUCUUUUUCAACGACGGGGAAGUUCUCGGGGAGUAUGACAUCAUCAACUGGCAGUGGAACCUUGACGGCAGCAUCACCUACGCUCAGAUCGGUCACUACAACAGCUCAGCGCCCCUUGGGGCCAGGCUGACCAUUGAUAACGGGUCCAUCAUCUGGAACAAUAAUGUUCUGGAGACACCGCGCUCUGUGUGCAGUGAGAGCUGUCAGCCUGGAACCAGGAAGGGCAUCCGGCAGGGAGAGCCUGUUUGCUGCUUCGAUUGCAUCCCCUGUGCAGACGGCGAAAUCUCAAAUCAAACAGAUGCAAGGGAAUGUAUUCAGUGCAGUGAGGACUACUGGUCCAAUGCCAAUCGGGACACCUGUGUGCCCAAGACUAUCGAGUUCCUGGACUUUGGGGAGCCCCUGGGCAUCACCUUGAUUGUGAUCUCCGCAUUCGGGGCACUGGUAACCAUAGCGUUUGCUGUGGUGUUCCUGUUGCAUGUGAACACACCCUUGGGGAAGGCGAAUGACCCAGCGCUGACCCUCACACUGCUGCUGUCCCUGGUAGUGACCUUCCUGUGCUCCAUUGUCUUCCUGGGUGAACCACAGCACUGGUCCUGCAUGACCAGCCAGGUGGCGCUGGCCCUGGGCUUCGCCCUCUGUCUGUCCUCCCUCAUGGGCAAAUCCGCCGUGCUCAUGCUCCGUGCCCGCGCCCUAAAGGCCGCCAAAUCCGCCAAGUCCGGCGAGCCCAAAGCCAACGCCGACGACGGAGAGGACGCUCUUCGGCCCGCCCACCAGAGGGCAGUAGUGGCAGUGUGCACUCUGAUCCAAGUGAUUGCAUGCACAGUGUGGCUGAUUCUGCUGCCCCCUCACCCGGUCAAAAACACGGCCGCCCAGAACAUCAAGAUCAUCCUGGAGUGCGACGAGGGCUCCAUCGUCUUCAUCUGCUGCAUCUUCGCCUACGAUAUCCUGCUGGCGCUGCUGGCCUUCGUCUUCGCCUUCGUCGCCCGCAAGCUGGAGGACCACUUCAGCGAGGCCAAGUGCAUCACCUUCGGCAUGCUCGUCUUCUUCAUCGUGUGGAUCUCCUUCGUCCCCGCCUACCUGAGCACGCGCGGGAAGUUCAUGGUGGCCGUCCAGAUCUUCGCCAUCCUGGCCUCCAGCUUCGGCCUGCUGUUCUGCAUCUUCCUGCCUAAGAGCUACGUCUUCCUGGUGAAGCCUGACAGGAACGCGGAGGAGCUGAUGAGGCCCCGUCCCAAACCCCGUGACAGCACGGCCACGGGCACGUCUGCCUCCGCCUCCUUUGCCACAGAUGUCAAUGGCACCACUGUGUCCACCGUCUCUGUCGACGACUAA